GAGACCAGAUAUAGUGAAUGCAGGGUCCUAGGAGACCAGAUAUAGUGAAUGCAGGGUCCUAGGAGACUAGAUAUAGUGAAUGCAGGGUUCGGGGAGACCAGAUAUAGUGAAUGCAGGGUCCGGGGAGACCGGAUAUAGUGAAUGCAGGGUCCAGGGAGACCAGAUAUAGUGAAUGCAGGGUCCGGGGAGAGCAGAUAUAGUGAAUGCAGGGUCCGGGGAGACCAGAUAUAGUGAAUGCGGGGUCCGGGGAGAACAGAUAUAGUGAAUGCAGGGUCCGGGAGUUAAGCUGCCUGUGGAUGGUGCCAAGUCAGCAACUGUCCAGAAAGACUGGGUCUAAGGAGGGAUAUCAAUGUGUAAAGAGGCAU